ACCCCGCGGCGCUUUGCGGCAUUGUGCUUUAGGACGCCUGAGGAUGCUUUAUUACCCGGCGGCGCUUUACGGCCGGCCCUGCGCCUCACGACACCCAGCGGCGCUUUACGGCCACGGCCCGGUUGUGGCUGGCGACGGCGCUUUGCGGCCGGAGCGCGAUGAGUUUUUACGACGCCUUCCGCGGUUUCUUCGGCUUCCCGGGGCGCGGCAGGCCCCGGGACCCGCUGUUCGGAGCGCCGUGGGACGAGGACGAGGAUGAGGAGGAGGAAGCCGAGGCCCCCCCCGGGCCGCGUCCCCCCGACGAUUUCGCCUUCGGCUUCGGCUUCAGCCCCGGCGGCGCCUUCGAGGAGCUGCUGCGGGACAUGGGCGAGCUGCUGGGGGCCUUCGGGGGCGGCUGGGCCGGGCUGCCCCCGGCCUUCGGCGGGGAGCGGGGUUGGGGGGCGCCCGGCGGAGCAGCCAGGCCCGGCCUGACCCCGGCGCUCCCCGCUGAGCCCCCCCUGCCCGGCCCCGGCGCGGGGCGGCCGCUGCGCGACUCCAUGCUGAAAGAACCCGAGGGUCCGGCCCGGCAAUGGGAGCCGCGCGGGGCGCUGGAGGAGCCCCCGCCGCCCGCGCCGGGACAAAAGGAGGAUCGAGACUUGGACUCCCAGGUGUCCUCGGCGGGGCUGGGCACCAUCCUGCGGCCCCAGCAGCCGCUCUCCUACUUCCAGAGCGUCUCCGUCACCACAGUGACGCUCCCUGAUGGGGCAGUGGAGGAGCGCCGCACGGUGCAGGACAGCCAGGGCCACCGUGAGACGACCAUCACCCGCCGGAGGGGGGACCAGGCCUUCAUCACCACCACCAAGGAGGACGGGCAGAGCAAAGACUACCGGGAGGAGGUGCUCAACAUGGAUGACAGGGAGCUGGCACAGUUUGCAGGCACGUGGCCGCAGCGUGAUGAGCUCCUCACCCCUCCCAGGAGCGACUCCUCAUCCCUGCUGGGCAGCUUCUUCCGCCGCUGGUUCUCCAGCUGGUAGCUGCGUGAGGAGCACGGGGUGGGGGCUGCCCCGUCGUGUGGGGGCACGUGGCAGCCCCCUCUCAUUGCCCCUGCUCUGUGCAGGCGAGGCUGGGAUGGGGGCUGCCCCCCGCCACCGCACCUCAGUGCAUCGUGGGGGUGAAGCUUGUGUAUGUGUACAGAGAAAUAAAGUCUAUUUAUGCUAA